AUUUUAUUUAUAUUCUCAUGUCAGGAUAAAAUUAUUCUAGCUUCUGUCUGGUCCAUGGGGAAUUUUUUUUAACUUCUCCUUCUGUAUUACAGAGUUCACUCUGCAGUCUUCACUGCCAGAGCCCUAGCAUAUUAAAUGUUAUUUCACUAGCAGCCCCUUCUUGAAGAACAGGAUUGAUUUGCAGAGCGAGUUCAACUGUUUGAAGAGGCAGAGCCAGCAUUCAGAAGCUGACAACCACAAUUAAGGGGAGGCUGCAAGAAAGAGUUGUUUCUUGACUUUGGAAUCGAAGAAGCUACAAAGGUGACAGCCUACUGUGGAAGGACACAAGGUAUAAGUCAGUUUUCCAACAAGUGCCUUCCACCUCUGAGGGAGCAGCAUUGUGAUUGUGUGGUAACCAAUAUAUAUUGUCUUGGAAAGACUUCAAGAGCCUUUGAGAUGAAGAGGAGCUGUGUAAAUAAUAUUACAGCUCUACACAGUUUCAUGACCGGCUCAUAUUUGCCUGCUCUCUCAGCAUGUUUCUUGUGGAGAUGAAUCCUUGGUGUGUGCUUUUGGUAAACAAAUGAAGUGAAGUUGAGCUUGAUGUGUGGAACUUUGCUGCCAGGAUGGAGACAAAAGUGUGAUUGGAGGAGCUUCAAAGAUGUCCAAAACUAACAAAUCGAAAUCUGGAUCCCGCUCCUCCCGAUCAAGAUCUGGAUCGAGAUCACGUUCCCGUUCCUUUUCCAAGUCCCGCUCCCGCUCCCGUUCUGUCUCACGAUCAAGAAAACGUAGGCUCAGUUCUAGGUCUCGUUCAAGAUCAUAUUCUCCAUCUCAUAAUAGAGAAAGGAACCACCCAAGAGUCUAUCAGAACCGAGAUUUCAGAGGUCAUAACAGAGGGUACAGGAGACCGUAUUAUUUCCGUGGGCGGAACAGAGGAUUUUAUCCGUGGGGCCAGUAUAACCGAGGAGGCUAUGGAAAUUACAGGUCCAAUUGGCAAAAUUAUCGCCAGGCCUAUAGUCCUCGCAGGGGACGGUCGCGUUCUCGGUCCCCGAAGCGGAGGUCCCCAUCACCAAGGUCUAGGAGCCAUUCUAGAAACUCCGAUAAGUCAUCUUCUGAUAGAUCUAGGAGGUCUUCAUCUUCUCGGUCUUCCUCAAACCACAGUCGUGUAGAGUCUUCCAAGAGAAAGUCUGUAAAGGAGAAAAAGUCCUCAUCCAAGGACACACGGGCAUCACAGGCUACAGGAGAUAAUCAAGGCGAAGAUUCGAAGGAGCAGUCCUUUUCUGGAGCAGGUAGUCAAGAUGUCAAGGCAUCUGAGGGGUCAAAACCAUGGCAGGAUAUGACCAGCUAUGGUUCAGGUUCAGUUUCAAGAGCUUCUGUGCCAGAGCUUAGCCCAAGAGAGCGCAGCCCUGCCCUAAAAAGCCCCCUCCAGUCUGUUGUGGUGAGGCGCCGUUCACCUCGGCCAAGCCCAUUGCAGAAGUCCAGCCCUCCACUCUCCAAUGCUUCGCAGAUGAGUUCUGUUCUACAAAGUGGCGCCUCGUUUCAGGCAGGGUCACAUCAGGGCCCGUUUGAGCCAGGUUUGAGCCCAACAAGGAAGAGCCCUGUCUGUAAAAGUCCAACAGCAAUCAGUUCAAUUUAUGGUACCUCCCAGAAGGAGGAAGCAGCAGCUCCAGGUGGGGCGGCCUUCUCAAAAAGGUAUUUGGAAGAGCAGAAGACUGAGAAUGGGAAAGACAAGGAACAGAAACUAACGAAUGUUGAAAAGGAAAAAAUGAAAGAAAAAGGAAGCUUCUCAGAGUUGGGGUUAGCUGAUAGUAAAACAAAACCUGAUCCCUACUCCUCCAAAACUGAUCCGGAAAAGUCUUAUCGUGGCAGCCAGUCACCUAAACGCUAUAAGGUUCGGGAUGAUUUUGAGAAGGUGAAGAUGGCAGAAUUCCACAAGGAAGGUCAUUAUGGCAAAGAGGAGAUGGAUGAGCAGGAGAAAAAAGAUAAGGCUAAGGGCCGAAAGGAUUCAGAAUUUGAUGAUGAGCCUAAAUUCAUGUCUAAAGUGGUGGCCACCACUAGCAAAAACCAGGAUGAGGAUAGGCCAGGAAAAUGGGAAGGUGUAGUGUUCUUGCCAUCAGCAAAAGAGAAGCAAAGGAAAACUGAGGAAGUGGAGGAGGAAACCUAUUCUGAAAGGUCUAAGAAAGAAGAGAAAGUAGCAUCCAAAAGAGCCGAAAUAGGUCACAGAGGGUUUGUUCCUGAAAAGAAUUUUAGAGUAACCACUUACAAAGCAAACCAGGAGAAAAGUACUUCCCCUCCACCAAGAAAGGCCUCUGAGACCAAGGACAAACCAGGCAGCAAAGGAGAUGGGCUAGCAGCGGGCAAAUCUUCCUUCUCCAUUACCCGAGAGGCCCAAGUCAAUAUCCGAAUGGAUUCUUUUGAUGAGGAUCUUGCACGUCCGAGUGGUAUAUUGGCACAGGAACGCAAACUCUGUCGCGACCUUGUACACAGCAACAAAAAGGAGCAGGAGUUUCGCUCCAUUUUCCACCAUAUUCAGUCAGCUCAGUCUCAACGAAGUCCUUCUGAAUUGUUUGCUCAGCACAUAGUGACUAUAGUCCAUCAUGUAAGAGAGCAUCACUUUGGGUCUUCAGGAAUGACACUGAAUGAGCGUUUUACUAAAUACCUAAAGAAAGGAAUGGAACAAGAUGCAGCUAAAAACAAGAAGAGCCCUGAAAUCCAUAGGCGGAUAGAUAUUUCUCCCAGUACUUUUAGAAAACAUGGAUUCUCUCAAGAGGAAACGAAAAGCUCCAGAGAACCUGGCUACAAGGCUGAAGGGAAAUACAAAGAUGACCCAGUUGACCUGCGCCUUGAUAUUGAACGUCGUAAAAAACAUAAGGAAAGGGAUCUUAAACGAGAUAAAUCAAGGGAAUCCGUGGACUCGAGAGACUCUAGUCACUCAAGAGAGAGAUCAACGGAGAAAACUGAGAGAACUCACAAAGGGUCAAAGAAAAAAAAGCACAGGAGAGUGCGUGAACGGUCCAGGUCUAGUUCUUCAUCUUCACAGUCCUCUCGCUCCUACAAAGGGGAGGAUUACCCAGAGGAGAGUGAGGAGCGGGAGGAGAGCACCACCGGCUUUGACAAGUCCCGGCUGGGCACUAAGGAUUUUGCUGGACCUGAGAGGGGAAGAGCUAGAGGAACCUUUUUCAGAGCGAGGGGGCGAGGAUGGGGCAGAGGAACCUUUUCAGGCAACAACAACAACAACAACAGCGGUGGCAAUACUGAUUUCCAGAAGCGGAACAGGGAGGAGGAGUGGGACCCAGAGUACACACCCAAAAGCAAGAAGUAUUACCUGCACGAUGACCGAGAAGGUGAAGGUAGCGAGAAGUGGGUGAACCGGGGCCGUGGCCGAGGUGCUUUCCCCCGGGGAAGAGGCCGCUUCAUGUUCCGGAAAUCAAGCACAAGUCCCAAAUGGGCCCAUGACAAGUUCAGUGGAGAAGAGGGAGAGAUCGAGGAUGAUGAAAGUGGGGCAGAGAACCGGGAGGAGAAGGACAACCUGCAGUCUGCAGCUGAGUAGUCCCCGUGCCUGCAUGUCCCCAGAGAGCCCUGGCAUGGGGAGUGGUGGGGGCUGGGGGCAAGAUCCAGCUGAUAGUGUUGGAGAUGGCCAGGGGACACUGACAUGCUGACCAUAGCCAGAGGCAAGCUUAGAAAUUGUCCCAGGUUAACUGUGGCUUCCAAGUUCUGCUUCUGAGAAUGUGGGCUAAAACCAAUCAAAUCAUUUGCAUUCAGAUCCACUCUUGGAGUCUGUCUUUCCCAAAGACUUUACCUGCUGGACUGAGUAAGGUCAGAUGUCGGAUAGAAGCCUGCUCACUCACUCUCCUCUUCCUUUCUCUCUCUCUCUCUCUCUCUCUGUCUCUCUCAGCUCUGUGACCUUGUUGGAUGGCCAAUUAUGGGGUGUGUUUUGGGGGUUUUUUGGCAGCAGGCUUUGAAGACUGUGUGGAUAUUUCGGUUUGUGUCCGUCUUACCCAGUUGUAUUGACAUUUUUUCAUGUUUCUCUUCUAUGAUUUGAGAUGAUACAGGUGGGGAAUUAAUUCACCAGUUCAAAUGUUCUCCCUCUGGUGUAUUCAAUUUUUUAAUCUCAUACUCUACUUGUUUUAGGCCUUUGCUUAUGUAGUAACACCAAUUAAGAACAAUAAUUUUUGGAAACUAUUUUUGGUUCUUAUAAAUAAGAUAACAGUGCAGCAUGUGAAUAAACAUCUACAAGUUAUCUUCAA